AUAAGUGAGGAGAUUACGUCGGUGGAGAGCGACUGCAAUUGCCUGCCGCCGUGCAAAUUUCAUCGCUAUGAAUUCGAGAGUGAUGUGAGUCCCAUACAGGGACCCAAUUCCUCGAAUGAGGUCCGCCUGCAGGUCUACUACGAUCUGGCAAUUAGCGAAGAGCUGCUUUUGGGCGUAUACGAGACCUGGCUGGCAUUCAUAGGCAAGUAUCCAAGUAUCCAUAUUCCAUUAACGAAACGACCUACAAGAAGCCAUAUUAAAGUGUCAUUCAUCCAUAAUGGGCAGGAACCUUUGGCGGCGUAAACGGCCUAUUUAUGGGCUGCAGUUUCGUGUCGGUCUUCGAGCUAAUAUUCUUUACGUGUGUGCGCCCCACUUGCAACUGGCUGACGCGCCAGCAGAUACUCUGGCGACGACGCAGGAAACAGGCUAAAGUGGGCCUCUCUCAUUAGCGUUGGUCGGUAAUUAAGUGCGUGAGGAAUCGCGACGAGCCGUCGCGGCAACAGUCAUCGGGCAGAGGUCAAGCGGUAGAGAUGGCCUUCAAGAAGCGACGCAUCUUCGAUCUGCGGCAAGUGCAGGCUGCCCAACAGCUGGCCGCCUCCAGUCGUACUGAUCCCUCAAAGCGAUCUAAUCCUCACAGUCUAAAGCCCAUCCAUCGCUUCCGCCAGUUUGGCGAGUGGUUCAGCGAUAAUAUGCGCAACUAUUGCCAGACCACGUCGCUGCAUGGCUUCAGCUACAUCACGCGGCAGGACAUCAGCCGGAACGAGCGCCUUUUCUGGCUGAUUGUUGUCAUUCUGUCCAUCAUUACAUCGAUUGUGCUGGUCGUUGUCUCGUGGCAGUGGGCACGUCAGACGCCCACGGUCACGGUCAUCGAGAGCUCACACUUUCCCACCUGGAAUAUACCAUUCCCAGCCGUGACCAUUUGCAAUUUCAACAAGAUCUCAAAGCUAAAGGCAAUCAACUUGCUGCAGCAAAUGCAGGUUCCUGCUGGUGUCAAUCGAUCGGAGCUGCACAGUCUUUUCAAUCUCACUCUCUUGCCAGUGGACAAUAUGAUCAGCAACAGUUCGCUGCAGAUUUAUGAUAGGAUUUUAAAGCUAAACAAUAUCACACUCACAACACUGACGUCACAGCUGUCGCCGGACUGCAUUGACAUGAUCUCCAGUUGCAUCUGGAAGGGCAUCAACACGCGCUGCGACAGUCUGUUCCAGCGCAUCGAGACAAUGGAGGGACAGUGCUGCAGCUUCAACUAUUUCGGAGGUGUAACCAAUAAUUUCCCAGAGAAAAUUGCCUAUCAGGUGCCAAAGCGCCCGUAUCGCGUCACUGGCUGUGGCUAUCCCACGGGUCUGACUGUUCUACUCAGUCCCAUGGCCUCUGAUUACUACGGCACCUUCUUCAGCGGCUACGGUUUCCAGCUGCUGCUCCAUGAUGCCUACAACUUUCCGGAUGAGAACUCAGAGACUAAGGUUGUGACCUCCACGCGUGAGAGCUUCGUGCGCAUCAAUCCAGAGUCGACGUAUGCCACAAACGACAUUCGCCGCAUGGACUUGUCCCUGAGAAAUUGCCUAUUUGGCAGCGAGCGAGAGAUGCACGGACUGAAGCGUUAUUCCUUCAUCAAUUGCAUGUUCGAGUGCAGGGUUUUCAUGAUCCUCGGUCUCUGUGGCUGCAUUCCUCCCUACGUUCAUAACAACGGCAGCUUCAAGGUAUGCGAUGUGCUGGAUGCCAACUGCAUGAUACAGGGCAAGCGUCUCUUCUCGCAUGCUUUGGCGAAUCUAAAUCUUUCGCUGUCGAUUGUGCGUGAGACGAGCAGCUUCCCCUGCGGCUGUCUGCCCGAUUGCCAGUCGAAUCAUUAUGUCUCCGAGAGCACAAUGGGCAGACUGGAUGUCAGCUACUUUGCCAAUCGUCCAGGCAGCAGCAACGACACGGACAGAAUUCUGUUGCAUGUAUUCUUUAGUGAUCUGAUGAGCACCAGAUAUCGCACAGACAUCUUCCAGAACUGGCUAUCCGCCUUGGCUUCAUUUGGUGGUUUGUUGGGUCUAAUUAUGGGCUUUAGCAUUGUGACAGCCUUUGAGUUUCUUUACUUUCUGACCUUUCGACCCAUAUUCAACUACAUCAACCGUGAUUAGAGGGAGAGACACCUCCCUCACUGCACACUGCA